UGGAGGGUAUUGCUUUAACAACUCCCAAACACUAGGUACGGGGCGGAAAACAGGGUAAUCGGGAACAGAGGUGAGCGCAUUGAGUUUUGAUGCGUUUUGAUGCGCAUUGAGUUUUGACUUUGGCCUUGCGUUGCGUUUUUCACGAGUGCCUCCUGCGCUAUCAUGCGGCCAAAAAACGUGGGAGGGAAAGGGAGUAAUUUCAUGGAGGAGUUUGAUAUACCUCAAAUUAUCUUCAUAGGUAUGUAAAGAAUGAGGAGGUGCUCUAAAAAUGAGGGUUCUACUGUAAUCGAAAAAAUUUCAAAUUUCUAUCCUCGAAUAUAUUUGCCCUAUAUAGCUAUCGAUAACUGUCCAAUGAGAGUUGUUAAACACAUAAUUAUUCGAACAAUUGAAGUAACAAAUCGUGGUGAUACUUCCUCACAGAUGCAGCUAAUUCGUCGUAUAAUGGAAGAUAUUUAUGGAGGCACUUGGGGUGUUUUAAUUAUUGAAGGGACUAAUUUAGUUGGAAAAUCUGUCCAUUGGACAAUUCCAGACCACAAACAUCGGGAUGGUUCUGCAGCUUUUUGUUUAUAUGACGAGAAUGAAGUUCAAUAUAAUGUCUUCAAAACGGGAGAUAAAGAUACUGAGGAUAGAAUAACUUUAGAACAAGCUAUGGCAAAAAUAAGUGAUAAUAUUCGAGGAUAA